CCAAACUAAUUAACAUUAACAAUCUCGCUAUCUCAAAUCGAAUGGUGGACCUGGGGACACUUGGGCACACAGCUGUAAACAACACAUACGUUCAUUCUCAUACAACAUACAUCAUACACACGUCCGCGGCAACUGUUCCUGACAAUCUUUGAACUAAACUUCUACUACUUCUUCACGACCAACACGCGGCACCAGCAGACGAGCAUUGGCUUUUUGAUAUCUGACGUUGGUUCUGCUAAUCACUUUUACUAUUCUGUCAAAUCUUAAUCUAAUUUUUGAUACCAUUGACAGCUACCAGCCUAGCUCUAUCUGGACGCAAACGUUGGAAACAUUGCAGGUUGAUAAUUCGAAGCUAUAUCCUAUAAUACCCCGCCAAAUUAUAGACGACAAUGGAGAACGAUGCACCCACCGAAGGCGCCCGACGAAGGGAUCGUUUCAUGGGGAAGCUAUUUGGUGGUAGCGGAACUAGAGAUAGGAAAAUGACCAACGAAGAGAGUGCAAACGAAAUCUCCGACUUUCUUGGUCACUCAGAUCGUUUAAUGGUUACUCAUCCCCUUCCUCCGCCCCCAGCUACUACCCCUAGGGGCCCACCAUCUCUCGCCCUCGAUACGACCAAGGCUAGCCGAUUCCCGCAAACACUCGAAGUCGAAAGCAAAUCCCAGAGCCUCUCCCAACGAGCACGGUCACAUAGCCCACGACCAAGGAAACAUAAGAACCUCGUCGUCCGUUUCACCGAUGCAUACCCUGAGAUCAUUGGCGAGGGUGGUGAUGAAUGCGAGAUCAUAGUGGCUGAGAUUGGCAGGAAAAAGAGAUCUAAAUCUGUACCCCUUACAGCACAAAUCCCGCCUACAAAAGAGGGUCAUCAAUAUGCUAGACAAGUAGGAGCCUUUCAAGAAACACAUAAGAAAGAGGAUGGUGGAUUCGCUCCAGGUCCGAUGCGCAGGACUCAGACAGGCUUCGGUGGAAGCUCAGACGAGCCCCCUCCUUAUUCGUCUCCAGAACCUCCAAUGCCACGUGCUGUUCCCGCGGGUGAAUCUUCUCGGGCCUCCAACUUCCUAGACACGUCUGCUAGCCGAAAAGACGACAAUCGUCGUUCUUUUAUCGAAAUCCACCAGCAGGAGCAGCGGCAAGCCGAGGGAAUGGCAAUGAGGAGUGCUAGCGCUAAUUCCCAGCGCGAGUGGGAUGACCCAGGGUCAUCUCCUGAGCCAAUCCGAGAAACAAGUAUGCGCCACAAACAACCGACGAUACCGACUAUGCAGGAACCGACGCCCCCUCCGGAAAGAUCCAUGUCUACCAGAUCGGCGGCUCAGUCACUACAGGAAUCCGUCUCCUCGGUAUUGCGAACUCAGUCUACUAGAGCCCCAUUGAAGCCUUCACCAAUACAACAAGGGCCAGCCAAAAGUCCUUCUCUUAGAUCACCAAACCCUCCUUCUUACCAAGAUGCACAGCAUAACCAAUCCUAUGGAUCUUCCAGCAGAUCGCCCUUACCUCCCAUAGCAGAUCAGGACGCACUACCAGAUUUCGAUAUGGUACCUGUCAUGCCACGGCGGCCGGUGUCACCUGAUGAGAUGCCUAUAAAUACAAACAACCCCGGCGAGAGCCCCUCGUCUCAAUAUUCGAAUUCUAUUCAUUCGACAUCCCCUGCCUCUCACAAGGCCACACCGGUUACCCAAAUUGCUGGUUCACGCGGAAUCUUUCCACCUUCGCCAGAAAAGACUCACCGGAGUCUCCAUGAUACUGUCGUAUCAGCUUCGGCCGGCGAUGAUGCACUAGAGAUUUUCGUCGCCCGAACGAAGCAUUUGUAUGAAUUAUUUCGACUCCAUGCGGAGCAAUUUAGACCCUUGGGAACUUCACGGCCUGAGGAUAUGUGCCGAGCUGCGCUGUGGUGGUUUUUGAAAGGGAGAACAUCGUUGGAGACGAUUAUUAGAAGUCGACCAGCGAAUCCAGACGAAACCCGGCUGCUUAUUGCUCGAUACCAGGCUUACACCGAUUUAGCUAAGGGGUACUGGCUAAUGGAACAAGCGCUUCCCGAGAUAGCGGAAGGCAAAUACAGCCCUGUAGAUGGCGAGCUUGGUGAAGUUAGGCAAGCCUUAGUUUCUAACUUGAGAAAGCUUUCUGGGUCUAUGAAGCGUAACGGUUUCCUACCUCCCGAAGAACCUUUCCUUCCCCAAACGAUGGAUAAGGGCAUCUUUUUAGAAUACCCAUCAGUGAGCCAAGAUAUCAUCGCCCUUCUCAAUGGAGUAUGGGGCUCCGCUCUCGUAGCUGCUAAGCAGCCAACCCGAUCUAUGGAAGCACUGGAAGCUUUGCCCCUUGGCGAUACUGCCAAGCAUUUUAACUACGGUCGAGUAGUAUCCGAUGUAUUCUUCAUGGAGCAGGGCGUGGAAUCGAGACAAACUCGGUUCCCCUGCAUGUUAUCUAUUGUGCGAGCACAAACCGACCCGAACCUGAAUUUCAUCAUUGCAAGCCAAAAUGGCUCCGUCUCGUUGCGAAUACAGCAAGACAAGAACGCGGGUCCGACGUGGCAGGAUGUCAGAUGGAGAUCAGAGGCUUGCCGACUUGAGAUUAAACUACCCCGAGGUUUCAUGCUUGCGAUUGAGUGCUCACAGCAAGAUUUCAAGAUGCUAUGGAGUAUGUAUGAUUUCAGCUCCAAAGUACAAUCUUACCUCUAUCCGCGAAGAGAUGAAACCACCAGGCAUACGACGUCGCUUCGUGCGUUCCAUUAUUUCGAUUCGAACCCACAAGGAAGGACGUUCCCUAAGGAACCAGUAGGGCAGUGUGAGAUAGCCUUGUUUGAGAAACUCCUGAAAGAAAGUAGCCCGACCGGGACCAGGACGUUCCACCGAGGUUUCCGGGUUUCGGUCGUUACCGGGCCAAGGACACGAACACUCAGCGGGGUGACGCACUCCUUCUCACCCCAGCUCCCCAUUCAAUUCGCUCUACUCCGUGGCGACCAACGUGCCCCCGUUCUCCAACUAGACUUCAACGACGGGAAUUAUAAGGGGAGGAUGGUCAUGACAUUCAACGAUGACAAGGAGCGUGAGAUUCUGCUGAAGAUGAUCACUGGGACAUAUAUACACAAAGAGGAGGAAAUCAUCGCUGAAGUUCCGUUAGAAGGCAUGAACAUGUCAGAGGUGGCCGGCGACACAAAGGGAGGCUUGCCAGCUAUUCAACGACUACCUUGGCAGCGCGCGCGUGUUAUCAACGACAGAUACAUGGACAUCCCUUGCACAGUAUUGGCAGAGAGGCUCAGAGUUGAAAUCGAGUCGUUGGACAAGGGCGGAGUCGGGGUGGUCAGUACCAUUACGGACCGAGUCAAUGUUGGACCUGGAGAGUUAAAAUUUAGGCUUGGCACGAAGGAUAUCUUGACAUUGCAUGUCCUGAGACAACCGCAGGUGGAUAUGACGGUUUCCAUAUUGGAAACGCAUGUACCUCGAGAAUCACAUCGCGAGUUUGCAGGUUUACAGAAUACUAUCCAACGCGGCCAAACAGUCCGCACCUACAGGUUCCCGAGUUUUAGGGACCUUCACGCGUUCCAAGCUGGACUUACGGGAUAUUCUAUAUUAUUCGAUGGUAUCGCCAUAAACCUAAACAUCUCUCGGCGCAUGAUGGUAGUGCCCAUCCACAAGAAGUGGGAGGCUGGUACCACUCGCGUACAAGUGGUCCAGCAAGACAAGACGGUCCAGUUAUUAGCAUUCUUCGAGGAUUGGCAUCACGGGCAAUGCAUGGGGUUUGUGCUCAAAGGCACAGACACAUUCGAGUGCUACAGCCGGAAUGGGAAGGCGGGCUUGAAGUUAGCUGACGCCAAAUUUCCACUACCGAGAGUGCCCCGCGAAGGCGGUGCGGACACGGAUGAUACGGCAUUCUUAUGUCUGGACAUGCCUGAUUUUGCCGGCGAACACGAUGACAUAUCGAUACUGUUCGAUGAUAACCUUGAGAGAGAUAGGCUUUGUUCGGUUCUCCCCGCGCCAGUGAAAGGGUCGCGAUUAAGUAGGGGGAAAUGAGGAUGGAGCCACGAUGAAAUGAGGACAUGAUUCAUGCAGACGAACUGCAUAUCGUUUUUUGACCCAAUGGGCAUUGCGACGUAUAGUAAUGCUACAUGUAUGACACGAUACCCCAGUGGUUAUUUGAGCAAGAGGAGGGCGUCACAAGUCGACGAGUCGUAGCAAGGAGCUUCUCAGGAGGUGCAAAAAAUAGUCAACUUGCCGACGAGCAGUUUUGCGUCUGGACCCUUGUUACGUUGCUGUUUCAGCAAUUGGAACUUACGUACCUAUGAAGCUACUAGGUAGAAUCACUGUUGGAAGCUCGAUGUAGCAGCUGAAAUUUAACAACAAAGUCAACCAAUUAUCUUAAUAUGUCACCGGUCUUGCCUAAAGUAGACUACGCGCGCCUCCACAUCGACAUGUGUAUCUGACGUACGUCAUCGGCCCCGGCACGCUUGGCCUCACUAGUCCCCUUUUAAAGGAAAUUAUUUUGCGGCGCCCACUACGUAACUCCACCGGUCAUUCGGGUUCGGAUUCGAGGAUGCAUGCAUACGGUGUUUUAAUCCCUUACUCAAACAAUGACUAGGCAUUAAUAGGUCUGAAUUGUGUAUUAGGUAGGUAUUCAAAUGGAAGUACUAAGUUAUUAUUCAUUUACUCUUAGUGUUCAAUAUUUUAUAAGAGAUACCUAGGCUUGUACUAGGUACGCAGUC